AUGAGGUGUAAGAAACACUUGUCCGACUUGAGCAGCGGCGUCGGCGUUUGCGCGUCUUGUCUCCGGGAGAAGCUGUUCGCGGUGAUACUGACUCAGGCGCAGGCGCAAGCCGAGGCGCGUAUUCAGCAGCGAACGCUCCAGGAAGAGGGGCGGAAAUCCGACACCAAUCCGCCGGUUCUGGUGUUUCCGCGCUCCGUUUCGCCGUAUAUUUCUCGCCGGAAGUCGGAUAUCUCCGCCUGGAAUCAGCACCACCAGACCAGCCGCCAUAGUUUGGCUGAUCAGAGAUUUUAUAGUACUCCGCAAGUGGGGCCCAACGGGACGAUCAUUGCCGGGGGAGAGUACAGUAAGAAGAAGAAGAAUUACAGCUUCUCGUUGUUUUACAAUCUGUUUAGAUCUAAAUCUCUGAAGCCGGAUUCGUGUUCGGAUCCCAGGAUUUCGAAUUCGGAAGGCCCGCGUGCCGAUACGACGUCGUCGUCGUCGUCAAACCAGUCGUGGUUCUCAACGAUUUUCUCGGGUCGUCGGAAGAAGCAAAACCGGACGUUUUCGCUGGAUGAGGAGACGAUCGGAGGUCGGCGGAUAAACUGUCAGAAUCGCGAUCGAGGAAUGUCGCCGGCGAGGUGCUCCGACGACGAGGAAGACCAGCAUUGCCGCGGCGGAUCCAGCGGCUACUCCUCGGAGUCCUCACAGGGGUGGAAACAGACGCCGAGGCGGACUCCGGCCGCUCCCUCAUCCCGGAGAGGAAACGGGAGAUCUAGCCGCGGCCGGAACGUCUCAGGGAUGACGUUUUGCUUGAGUCCGUUGGUGCGAGCCAGCCCUAACCAGCACUGGAACCAAAAGGGAAUGCCGCCGGACAUGGCGUACUCCGGCGAGCUCAGAACUCCGUCAAAGUCUCAUAUAUCCAGUGCGACGUCGUUCUGCAAGAACAGAUCGAGAAAACUUGCCGAUUUCGGAAGGUUCAACUACAACCAUUGA